AUGGCUUUUGAUAAAGGUCACCCUUUGCAAGCUAUCAAAAAUUUAAUUUUAUAUAAAAUCCCUUUUGUUUAUUUUUGAAAUUUGGAUAAAAUGAAGGAAAUUAUUAGGCAAAGAUUUAUUAUGCAUGAAAUUGCACUCAGAAAUAUGUGAAUUGGAUGAAAAAUCAAGGUGAAAAGGAAGAGGAAAUUGGCAAUUUGAUAA